AUGGCUUUUGCGGAGAAACUGCAGCAUCACGUGGACUGCCUCAAGGCCACUCUGCUGCAAGAGUACGAGGCGGAGCUCCGGUCAGAGCUCCGGGCGCCUCUCAGCAGCCGCUGGGCCCAAGGCCUCACCUGCGGCUCCCUCGAGAAGUGCAAGGUCGGCGCAGUGCGCGCCACACAUCGGCAUGCGCUGCCGGCGGUGCCCAACUCCGCCCUGAAAGUGGCGGCGGAGGUGUCGUUCAAGGGUGCGCCGAACACUUCGCCGGACGAGGCGGCGGUGACCCAGGCGCUUCAGUCCACCCAGGACCUGUCCACCCAGGACCUGGGCGAACCAGCUGGAGUCCGUGAGAAGCUGAUCAGCAAAGUCCCGGUGGAGUUCCUCUCCAUGGCCCACAACUUCCUCACAGCAAGGGAGGCCUCCGAGCUGACGCCGGCCAUGCGCUGGGGGAAGCUGGCCCUGGGCCUGGAGGGCCGCCAGCCGCGGCGGUCCGUGCGGGAGCAGCCGCUGGCGGUGUCCCUCAAGGUCCACGCGCAGUGGUCCGCCUGCCAGCCGGACGCCGACGGCAUCACGCGGGACGUGAUGCGCUGCAACUCUGUGCUCAAGGAGCAAGCUGGUCGGGUGACCACCCGGGUGAUGGAUGGCAGCAGCUGCUUGCAGCCGCUGGUGAUGAGCCCGGACACGACCUUCAAAGCCGUCUGGACGGUCUUUGGAGUGAUCUUCAUCUCCUGGGACCUCUUGACCGUUCCCUUGGCGCUCUUCAGCAUCGGCUCGGCCAUGGAGGCGCUGAUCGACAUCAUGAGCUACCUCUCCUUCGGCUUUUGGGUCUUGGACCUGCUGGGCACCUUCCUGACCGGGGUGGAGACGGACUACGGCAUGGAGAUGCGGCCCAAGAAGAUCGCCUGCCACUACCUGAAGACGUGGUUCAUCGCCGACUUCCUCAUCGUCAUGGUAGACGUCGGCCUCAAGGUGACUGAGAUCAUGGCGGCCAACAGCAAUGACUCCCUCAGUUAUGUGCGGCUGCUGCGGGUCCUGAGAUUCUUGCGCUUCAUCCGGCUGCUGCGUUUGUCCAAGAUCGCCACCGCAGUGGAGAUCAUGUACCGCCGGAUCAAGUCGCCGCUCCUAUGGCUCCUCAUGAAGAUCAUGAACGGCUUGAUGCUGAUCUUGGCGGUGAACCAUUACCUGGCCAUCGCGUUCUUGGCCAUCGGCUUGCAGAACCAGGCCUCAGAUGUGCCCAACUGGAUCAAGAUCUACGAGCUCCAGAACGGGAACCUCGACGACUUCUGGGACCAGUAUUUGACCGCCCUACACUGGUCUCUGACGCAGUUCAUGCCGGCCACCAACAACGUGGGUCCCGUCACCGGCCCGGAGCGCGUCUUCGCCAUCUUCGUGGUGAUCGUUGCCCUGGCGAUCUUCUCCUCCUUCGUGAGCUCCAUCACCACCGCCGUUACCGCGCUGAGAGCCGUGAAGGAGUCCAACGCGCGGGCGGAGGCCCAGGUCCGUCAGUUCUUCACGGAGCGGGACCUCUCCGCGGAUCUGCUGACCCACGUGAGGCAGUGUUGGGCGAAGAAGGCCACACAGAGCUACCGCCUGGUGGAGUCAGAUUUGGUGAUGUUUCAGGACCUGCCGGAGAAGACCCGAAUGCGGCUGCACAAGGAGAUGUUCCUCCAAACCUUGUACGACAUCCACUGGAUGCCCAACGACCUGAAGAUGCGGGGCAACCUGCUGUUGGACCUGAUUUGUCACCUGGCCUGCAAAGAGAAGCUGUGCUCACCCACGGACGACGUCUUCCUGCCGGAGGGGGUGUGCCACAAUCUCUACAUCGUCAAGUCGGAGGACAUGGUCUACGCGCCCUCCUCCAAGAUCGACUCCGAGGAGCGCGUGCACCUUCACAGAGACACCUCCCUGGCAGAGGUGGCCUUGUGGGAGGAGGUGCAACGAGGCUUCAACGCCCUGGACAAGACAUCCGGCGGGUGGCUCUCCAAAGACGCCUUCUUUCAAGGCGUUCGGCAACCCGGGUGGCUGCGCAGCGUGGUGCUGCGGUUCUUCGGGCCGACCUUGUUGGAGCAAGCGGAGGCGGAGCUGCAGGAGGACUUGGAGUUCAUCUUCCGUGUCUUGGGCAAGCGGAACUCUGAGAUCUCUGUGUCCCAGUUCCUGCAGGGCCUGGAGCUGGCGAAGCGGCUGCAGCUGCCGGAGCCCAAGCCCAGCGCGCCGGAGCGCAGCUGGAAGCGCCUGGCCCGGCGCCUCUGGCAUAUAGCGGCCGUGCGGGUGCCGUUGCACCGGUCACUGGCCUGGCUGAAACGCCUAAGGCGCAGCCAUGGACAUCUCCACUCGAGUGGACAGGCGGAAGAGCUGCUGGCGGCGGUGGACUCGUGGCUGGAGCUCGGACCUGAGGAAUUCGCGGAGGCCGUGCUGACCCUGGCCCGGGCGGACGCGGCCCUCAGCCCCUGGGGCCGCGGGCCGUUGGCCCCGGCGCUGUGCCGCCUGCGGCGCCGCGUGGCGGCGCGCGGCGCGGAGGUCGGCGCCGCGGUGGCGGCGGCGCUGCUGGGGGCGGAGGCCCACGGCGAGGAAGGCGCUUCCGCUGCUUCGGCGCGGCGCCGCCUGGCGCUCAGCGCCCUCGACGCACCCGCGGACCUCGGCGCGGACGUCGCCGCGGUGGGGGCGCUCUGCGGCGCCUCGGCGCGGCGGGACUUCUGCGAGCCGCGGCUCCAGCAGCGGGCGCUGCAGCUGUUGGAGGAGGAGAGCCUUCCAGAGCUGAAAGUGUCGGAGGUGGCAGGACUGUGCUGGGCUUUGGCCGACCUCCGGCGACGGAGCCCCACGCUUCGCAGCGCGGCGCAGUGGGCGCCGAUGAUUCGGCGCCUGGACGCGGCGCUCGAAGGGUCGCUCGCGGGCCAGGGGCCGGGGCCGCAUCUGCGGCCCAUCGCGCUGUCCAGCCCGCUGUUGGCCCAGCUGUGCUGGGCGCUGGGGGUGCUGCUGGCGGCCAUUUCGCUGCGAGACAUCUUGGGCACCGAGGUCCUGCGGCGGCUGGCCGAGGAUCCCUGGCCCGGCAGCUUCGCGGCAAAGGCGCUCUGGGGCCUGGCGGUGCUGGGCUUCCGGCCGCAGGACGCGGGGGAUUUGGCGCGGCUCAGCCUGGGCUACGCUGGCCGUCUCGAGGGCGACGGCGUGGUGCAGCUGGCCAUCGCCUGGAGCCGCUGGGGCGCGCCAGAGGAGCUGCACCAGGCGCUGCGGGCGGCGGCGGCCGCCUGCGACUUUAGCGCCGCGGAGUCGCGGCAGCUGCGCCUGGCGCUUGCGGACGGACAAGCCGCGCCGUGGACCCACCGGGGGCAGCUGAGCUCGGAGACGACGUGCCACUACUUCACGCUGGACGCGGCCAUCUUCGCGAAUCUGAUCCUGGAGCGAGGCGGCGACAUCUUCAAAUACUUCCAGGUCUUUGGUUUCCUGCUGGUGGCGCACAUCGAGGAGAUGGAGUACCCCGGAUGUGGGGACCUGCCGGUGGAAGAGGGGAAGCUCUUGGACCUGAUCGUGAGGGCCAAGAGCUUCAACAACUUGACCAAGGGCGACAACGGCGGCGUCACCGGGAUCUUGAUGAAUGAAGGCCGCCGAAGCAGCACGGUAGCUCCUCCAUCGCUACCUCAGGUUUGA